UCGGGGUAAAUGCUCCUCGAGUGACUGAUUUGGCGUCUACAUGGGGAUCGAUGUCUGGUGGAGACGCUUCCACCGAUGAUCCGGGCGUACAGGGUUGUGACGAACCCACCUGAACUUCUACAUCACACUUCUUCUGAUUUCACUCAAAGCGCCUUGUAAACUCUCAAUGGAGCCGCUGAAGAACAUAUUCUCCCGCGGGCCGCUGUCCACCUGGAAGAGCCUGGAUCAGACUCAGAAGGGCAGCUUCACCAACCCGGUUUGGACCGCUUUGUUCGAUUACGAGGCUGCGGGGAAAGACGAACUCACACUGCGUAAAGGGGACCUAGUGGAGGUCCUGUCUCUGGAUUCGGAGAUAUCCGGAGACGAAGGAUGGUGGGCAGGAAAGGUCAACAACAAGGUGGGAAUCUUCCCCUCCAACUACGUCUCCUUCAAGCCCAGCGGAUACGGUGAGCUGCAGGGCUCCGGUUUGGGACCGAGCGAGUUGGAGCCGGAGACGGUGGACUUCAGCGAGCUGAGUCUGGAGGAGGUCAUCGGGGUCGGCGGGUUCGGGAAGGUCUACCGAGGGACCUGGAAGGGUGAGUUGGUGGCAGUGAAAGCGGCCCGUCAGGAUCCGGACGAGGAUAUCAGCGUCACAGCCCAGAACGUCCAGAACGAGGCCCGGCUCUUCGCCAUGCUCCAGCACCCCAACAUCACCGCGUUCAAGGGCGUUUGCCUGCAGGAGCCCAACCUGUGCCUGAUCAUGGAGUAUGCGUCUGGCGGCCCGCUGAGCCGUGCUCUGGCCGGACGACGGAUCCCGCCGCACGUUCUGGUCAACUGGGCGGUGCAGAUCGCCCACGGGAUGCAGUACCUGCACAACGAGGCCAUCGUCCCCGUCAUCCACCGAGACCUCAAGUCCAACAACAUUCUGCUGGCGGAGCCUGUGGAGAAGGACAGCAUUGAGGGCAAAACCCUGAAGAUCACAGAUUUCGGUCUGGCGCGCGAGUGGCACAAGACGACGAAGAUGAGCACGGCGGGAACCUACGCCUGGAUGGCACCGGAGGUUAUCAAAUCAUCCACCUUCUCCAAAGGCAGCGACGUCUGGAGCGCUUCGAAACGUCGCGAGGAGGAGCUGAAGCGCGCGGCGCUGGAGCAGAAGUCUCACGAGGAGUUCCUGCGUCAGCGCGAGCAGCAGUUAGCGCAGUGGGAGCAAGACGUGUUCGAGCGCGAGCUAUCGCUGCUCAUCCUGCACCUCAACCACAACCAGAAACCCAACGUCAAGAAGCGCAAGGGAACCUUCAAGAAGCACAAGCUGAAGGUGAAGAACGGAGAGAAGAUCAGCAUGCCGCAGGAUUUUAUCCAUAAGAUCACGGUCCAGGCGUCUCCGUGUUUGGAGAAGAGGCGUAACUCUCCGGAUCUGGGCUCUCCGUCCAUCGGUCCGCGCUUCCGAGCGAUACAGCUGAGUCCCAGUGAGAGUAAGUGGAGCUCUGUUUGGCCGCUGGAGUCUCUUCCUCUCAAGCAGACCAACGGUGAGAGGAGAUUCGCUCCUCAUCUGAGCCCCAAAAGCCCCAAGAGUCCAAAGAUCCUCCGUCUGAGCGCACAGGAGAACAGUCUGUCGAUGAGAGCCAAACUCCUGGAGGUGGACAGUAACGAGAGCGAGGACUCCAAAGCUGAUUUUGAGGAGUACAGACCCAUCACACUAGAGUCCAGCCACAACGAGGGCUCCGAGAGCGAGGAGGGCGGCUCGUCCCCGUGCGGUUCUCCCAGACCGGAUCCCCCCGGGCCGCUGUGUCGAGGGAAGAGCACACACCGUGCUCUGCUCAGCAGCGCCGCCCUGCUGGCCUCUGUAGCUCUGGGCCGCUGUGUGGAACCGCAGCACCAUCCCAUUCCACCACCGCGGGCCUCGUCCCGGGCGCACCUGCCGGAGCCCGAGGCGGUGGGGGAUCUGAUCAGCUUCAGCAUGGACUCGCGGCCGCCGCCGCCUAACCCGCGGGACCGCCGUGCUCCACACGCUAACGGAGACGCCGAGGGGCCGCCGCAGAGCGGGGAGCGCAGGAGGAGGAGCAGCUGCGGACUCAGCUCCUCACAGCUCAUGUUGGAUCUUCCGCUGUGUCCAGACACGUUUGAGGCCGAGGACAAGUCUCCGCUGCCAUUUGCCCUGUAUCCCGACCCUCGCUUGUGGAGCCCUAAAACACGGCGUCUGGAGGUCAACAUUGUCCCUCGGCCGCGACCGUCCCCCAACCGGCCCCGCAUCGACCCGUGGAGCUUCGUAUCGGCCGCCAAGACGGUCAUCAGCAGCCCCAGCAGCCCUCGCUUGGCCUACCAGCCCUCGCCCACAAACCCCUUCACAAACUGUGACCUCUUCCCUUCCCCAGAUUGCGACCCCUUCCAUCUGAGGGUCGACCCUGCUGUGAACUUGGACCACGCCUCGACCUUUGACCCCUUCUCGGCCCCGUUCCCCACCUCGCGCUCGGCGCCCUGCUCCACCAAUGGCAGUCCCAAUCUGUCGCUCAGGGUGGCGCCGCUGAACCCGGCCGACUCGCCGCUCAUAGACCUGGCCUGGAUGGGCGGCACCAAAGAGAGGGUCCAUCCUCACCGGAGCCUCGGCCUCAGUCCGUUCAGAUCGCAGGCGCCGCUCAGAGACGACCGCUUCUGAACGCUGUCCCGUAAACCAGGGCCGUGCCAACUCUGGGAAACCAAACGCAGGGGAUUUCCAUUUGACGCAGUGUUGUUGAUGUGUCAAAUGCUCGUUUGGGUGAUCUUUCUGUGCUGUCUCAGGGUCUUAUUGGCCUCUAGUUGCGCUUAAAUAGAUCCGCACUUGUUGCAUCGCUUUAAUCAGUCUCAAAAGUGAUGCAGUCAGUGCCAAAAGAUUUCAAAAUGAUUGCUUGUUUCAGCACAGAUUCGUCUCUGUUGGCCAUUAAGGUUGCGUUAUUGUGCAUUCUGAGAGCAUUAUGUGCGGGAGAAUCCGUUACACAUUCCACAUACAGCGGUGGCCAAAAUCAUCAGAACACUAGUAUUCUCCGCAGCUAAAAAUGGGUUUAAGUCAGUUAUUUCUAUCUUUUGCUGUAGUG